AUGAUUAUUGAUAUUCAUUUAGAAGUCUUAGACGAAUGUCAAAAGGGGGACCUGCAUUUGACGAACGAAGACUUCCUUAAAAUAAUUGUAGAAGAAUUUAUUGGACCCCAAUAUAUAAAACAAGAAAAUUUUCCUAAGGAACAGGUUCCAAGUUCAGAUUCCGGGUUUACGGAGGAAGGCUUUGUUCCAAUGGAAGAUGUUCCUAUGGAAGGUGGUCCUAAGGAAGGUGUUCCUAAGAAAGAUGUUCUUAAGGAACGGGUUCCAAGUUCAGAUUCCGUGUUUUAG